CCAAACAAUUCCUGGUUCGAUCUAGUGAGAUGGGUAGAUUUCCCGGGGGAAUAUCUCUGUGGUAACCAAGACAAAUAUUCAUGUCUUCAUUGGUAGCAAGUCUGCAUGAGAUUGUUGCUACCAGCUCUUCUAAAUAUUCCAACCCUCAGGCUGAGCUAGGGGGGUUCUACCUGCACGGCUACUACGGCGAUGAUUACUAUCCUGUCAAGUCUCUCCUACAUAAAGGAAGCCAUCUCCUUAGACGUCCUUACACUCGAAGCACAAACGAUACGCCGUCCAAAGCGCCUCCUCCACGUCACACGUCCCGAAGACUUCCCCAAGCCCCCGACCACCCAUCUAAUCCCAGUCCCCGCACUUCACCCGCUCCGCCCGACCACCCAGCACUAUGUGCAAUGGCAAACCCCCAACGUCCGUCGGCCGGUUUUUGUCCAUGUCCUCCACAGAUAGUCCCGCUAAAUCUCCGUAGGUAUUGGCGUCCUGAAGCUACGGUUCGGCCCCGGAGGACUUAGCUGAUAUCGGGGUCUAUCUUGACACGGGCGCUCAGAAAGUUUUGUAAUGAUUUC